GCAGCAGCCGAGAUCGCCGCUUCGGAAGCAUGGUACUCGAUCGCGACGGUGGAAAAGGCGGGCUUCGAGACGGAACUACGCUUCGCGCCCGACACGGCGCGGCGCUACCUCCGCGUCGUCGCGCUCGACAAGCAAGGCCGCGUGCUCGGGGCCAGCCAGCCCGGGAGCUCGCGCUUCGACGUCAUCAACACGACCGCGUCGUUCCUGACGGACUCGGCUGGCGCCGGCGCCGGCCCCUUCGCCUUCCUGCUCGGCGCCGCCGCCCUCUGCUCCCUCGUUGUCGGCGUCGUCUGUGCCGCGUUUGCGCGUGCCCGCCGCCGUGACGAUGCCGCGUAUCGCCGGCUCGUCGACGAGGAGGCGAAAGACGAGGUCCUGGUCGAUGACGUCUGUGUCGAUCGCAGGCUGUACGAUGUCGAAGAUGAGGAGGCGCGGAACGGCGCUGGUGUUGGGCGCGCGUGAUGAGGGCUGUGGUGGUAAUGGGUUGGGUUGUUGGGCUUGGGCGGGCUUGGGAGACUGGGUGGGCUUAGACGGGCAUAGCGCUGGCGUUUAUUUGUUUAGCAGGUUUUGUUUGUUGGUUAGGGUGGUUGCUUUUUUGGUGGAUGGUAGUGGAGGGCUGGAGAUUCGCGGAG